AUGUGGUAUAACCGCCUUAGUGAGUAUUUGUUGAAAGAAGGCUAUACAAAUGAUGCCAUUUGCCCAUGUGUUUUUAUAAAGAACACAAUAUCGGAGUUUGUUGUAUUUGCUGUUUAUGUUGACGAUAUAAACCUUAUUGGAACUCCUGCAGAGCUCAAAAAGGCAACUGAUUAUUUACAGAAGGAAUUUGGGAUGAAAGAUCUUGGAAAGACAAAACUAUGUCUUGGUUUGCAAAUUGAACAUUUGACAAAUGGUAUCUUUGUCCAUCAAUCUGCCUAUACAGAGAAAGUGUUGAAACGAUUUUAUAUGGAUGAAGCACAUCCAUUAAGGUAUUUAUCUGAGCCACACAAAGCUAGAUCUCAAACAGGCUAUGUGUUUAUAUGUGGGGGUGCUGCCAUAUCUUGGCGAUCCACAAAGCAGUCUAUCAUAGCUACCUCAUCAAAUUAUGCUGAAAUAAUAGCAAUUCACGAAGCAAGCUGA